UUUCAGACAAGUAUAUAAAAUUAGAUUAGAAGAAAAGCAAAUGAAGCAAAACUAAAAAUGCUCGCGUGUCCUUGCUCCGCCUUCAACCUCCGGGCCACGGCCGCCCCGGCCAAUCCUGAUAUUUCCGACCCAGAACCCGAGCCCAAAGUUAGGAAACUAAAGGGUAGCCCACAGUUCAACAGAUGGUACCGUGCACGAGCCUUAAGGUCGGGCCACAAGCUUGAACGACCGAGCCACGGGACUGGGGCGCUUGAGGUGAACCCCUCAGCUCAACGAACCAGUGGGACCUUGUCUUUGGAACCCACUUCAACGGCAAAUGACAGCGAUCGUGAGGUGGAGUUAACAGACUCGGGGAAGCCAAUUUAUAUGGUAUCUGAUGGAACUGGAUGGACGGCGGAGCAUUCCGUUAACGCAGCGUUGGGGCAGUUCGAGCAUUGUUUGGUGGAUCGUGGGUGUCCCGUAAAUACCCAUCUCUUCUCUGGGAUUGAUGAUGUUGAGAGAUUGAUGGAGAUUAUAAAGCAGGCAGCCAAGGAAGGUGCAUUGCUUGUAUAUACUUUAGCUGAUCCUUCCAUGGCAGAGUCCGCCAAGCAAGCUUGCAAAUUGUGGGGUAUACCAUCGACGGAUAUAUUGGGUCCAAUUACAGAGGCUAUUGCUGCUCAUUUAGGUGUCUCACCUUCUGGUCUUCCCCGUGGAGCAGCUGGAAGAAACAUCCCCCUCUCAGAUGAGUACUUUCGGCGGAUUGAAGCUGUUGAAUUUACAAUCAAGCAGGAUGAUGGGGCACUACCUCAAAACUUAAGCAAGGCUGAUAUUGUUCUCACAGGUGUUUCUCGUACUGGGAAGACGCCGUUAUCAAUUUAUCUAGCACAGAAAGGAUAUAAAGUAGCAAAUGUGCCUAUUGUGAAGGGAGUGGCUUUGCCAAAGGGACUUUUCGAAGUAGACCCUGAGAAGGUUUUUGGUUUGACUAUUAAUCCCUUGGUCUUGCAAACUAUUAGGAAAGCAAGGGCUAAGAGUCUGGGUUUCGGUGACAAUGCAAGGAGUAACUACUCGGAGAUGGCUUAUGUGAAAGAGGAGUUGGAGUUUGCUCGCAAGGUUUUUGCUCAAAAUCCUACAUGGCCAGUCAUCGAAGUUACUGGUAAAGCAAUUGAAGAAACUGCUGCUGUUAUAUUGAGGCUCUACCAUGACCGUAAGCAAAAGUGUUCAAUGCCACGAAUAUCAAAACGUUACUAAUGAAGUAAUGAGAUGGAAAAUUACUUUUUUCUCCAGGUGUGCUGGAGUAAUAGGACUUUGCUGCCUUGUAACUACUGAGAAGGGUCGAUGAAAUUAGCUACAAUUUACAUGUACAAUGGCAGUGCUUCACUGGUUAUGAACUAUACUAACUACUAUUCUAUAAUGAUGCAAUACAGCUAUGUAGUUUACUUAUGCAGUUUGUCCUACAACAAACUUUUCUUUCUGUCAAUUGAACAUAUAAAGAUUCUUAAUAAAGUGGCAGCCAUUAUUUGUUACAA